AUCAACUUCAGGGGACAGAAAUGUCAAGAUAACAAUAGAGACAUUAUCUGAGCAACCACAAUCAACUGAAACCACCCAGACAGAGAGAAGCAGCUCUCCAAGAAUAACAUCAAAUUCAGGAAACAGGAAUGUCCAGAUAUCGAUAGAGACAUUAUCUGAGCAAUCAAAAACAACUGAAACCCAGGAGACCGAGAGAAGCAGCCCUACAAAACCUAGCCCACGUUCCAGAGAAAGUACUACUACAUUCACAGAAACUAGAUACCGAGUUCCAGAGUCACUUCAAGACACAAUGCUUGAAUCAAGCCCCAGCAGAUCCAACUCGCACACCACAGUCAGUACAACUCGUUCCACAAAUCCCGUAUACACAGAGUAUCUAGAAGACAGCGACUCCAGAUCAAGGAGAACUGUUUCUAGUUCAAUGGAAAAAAUUACAACAACUACAACAGUGGAAUCCCGAUAUGACAAUGCUUCCUCUGGGGACACAAGUCAGUAUGAUCCUCAGUCUUCCAGCAAUAAAGGAAUCCUUUUUGUUAAGGAGUAUGUCAACACAAGCGAGAAUCUGAAAUCUCCAACCACUACUGGAAGCCUCCCAGACUUCUCAGGUGACUCUGAGAUGUUAUCCUACAACACCAGUUCCAGUUAUCUGUACAGCAGUCCGCCAAGGAGGUCUGAGGAAGGUCCCUGCACAUACUGUGGUCGUGAAAUCAAAGACUGUGCCAAGAUCAUGCUAGAUCACCUUAACAUCUACUGCCAUGAGUAUUGUUUUAAGUGUGGAAUUUGCCACAAACCAAUGGGAGAUUUGAUUGACAGCAUCUUCAUUCAUCGGGAUGUGGUUCACUGUGAGAGCUGCUAUGAGAAGCUCUUCUAGCUGGAUAACACAUUAUAGUGAAGACCAAGAUGGGAACUCUGAAUCACCAGCAAACCUCUAGAUUCUUAUUAUUGGCUGAACACGAACAAGUUAUUACAUAUGAAAGUAUUUUUCCUAAUCAUGAUCAUUUGCUUAUAACAUCUAAGAUAAAUGUUUUUGGAGUUAAGGGAUUGCAUCCUUUCACUGUGAUCGACAUCUGUAUAUAUAUAUUGAAGUGAGAUAUACAUACAUUGAUGUCAUAGGUCUUUUCUGACUCUUAUAUAUUACUGUACUGAACAAAUUCUUAUCCAGACAUUGCAUGAGUGAGUGCAGUCUGCUUAGUGAG